AGCAAAUGUGCCCUAGAGGGUGGAACUCUUGUGCAAAUCGACAGCGAAGCCGUCAACAACUAUUUGUACACAUUGAGGAGUUACGAAGGACAUAAAUACACCCAAGAAGCUUGGAUCGGAUUGGGUGAUGGUGAAACGGAAAAUAUAUUCAAAUGGGAGGGCUCGCAACAACGUGUCACAUAUACAAAUUGGAGACCAAAUGAACCGAAUAAUGGGGGAUUUAACGAAGAUUGUGUUGAAAUGACAGUCACUGAAAAAUGGAAUGACGUCUUCUGCAAUAGGAAAAACAGCUAUUUUUGUGAACGUUCCCUUACAAAAUCAUGUCCUAGUGGUUGGAGCUUGUCAAGUGGUCGUUGUUAUAUAUUCAAAAAUGCGAAAGUGGACUGGUCUACCGCAAAGAGGAACUGCGCCCUUGAGGGUGGAACUCUUGCGCAAGUCGACAGCAAAGCCGUCAACAACUUUCUGAACACAUUGAGGAGUAACACAGGACAUUCAACCGUAGAAGCUUGGAUCGGAUUGGGGUGAUGCUGAAACGGAAAAUAUAUUCAAAUGGGACGGCACGAAAAACAACGUGCCACAUAUACAAAUUGGGACACAAAGGAACCGAAUAAUGGC